UCUGCUGAGCCGAAUAAGCGUGCAUGACAGCGAACAUGUGGCUCUCCUGGGCCGGGAAAGGGUCACGUGUGGGCUGCGGGGUCCUGCCAGUUUGCUAACAAGCUGGCUGACUUGAACGGAGGGGGAAGGAGAGUCUGUCUUGCUGCCCGCCGACCUCCUGGGCUUCGCUGCGCCGCUGAGUCCGGCGGCCACGUGGGGUUUACGAGUGGCGGUGCCUUCUUGUUUACAGCCUCCAACUGUGGCAUUGGUGCAAAUCGGGAUGAGCAGUACUGGACCUAGCCCAAUGUCAGCUGUUCCAUCUAGCAGUGGAAGAGGGACUGGGAGAUCAACAAACUUUACUCUAGAAUUACAAAGUAUGAUGUUUUCCUUAGGAGAUGCUCGCAGGCCCCUACAUGAAUCUGCAGUAUUGGUUGAAGACAUUGUCCACACUCAACUGAUCAAUUUGUUGCAACAAGCCUCUGAAGUUUCUCAGAUGAGAGGAGCUAGAGUAAUCUCUGCAGAAGAUCUCAUUUUUUUGAUGCGCAAAGAUAAGAAGAAACUUCGAAGAUUACUUAAAUACAUGUUUUUCCGAGAUUACAAAUCUAAAGUUGUCAAAGGCAUCGAUGACGAUGAUCUUCUUGAAGACAAAUUCAGUAGCAGCACUAACAAACGUCAGAAAAUUGCUCAAGACUUUCUUAUUUCUAUUGAUCAGACUGGGGAGCUCUUGGCCUUGUUUGAAGAUGAUGAGAUAGAUGAUGUAAAACAAGAGAGAAUGGAG